CAUAUUACUAAAAAGAAAAAGAAAUCAACAGUAGUGUUACCAUAGAAACAAAGAAGAGAGAAUCAAAAAAAAAAAAAAUGAAAAAUCUUAGAUCUCUUUUCAUUCUUCUUGCCAUUUAUACGUAUGGUCUAGCCACAGUAACAGCCAAGGCAAAACCAUCAUCCGAAAAUACUGAUGGGAAUUCAUCAGAUGGAGGCAUCGUCGUACCUAGAAAUGACAAGUGGCUCGCUGAGGUGGAUGUUUCGAAUGUACCUAAAAUUCCCAUCAGACCUGUUGGAUCUGGUACCUGUGAAAAUGCAAAAUGUGAUGGUACAGAUAAUGACAAGUGUUUUGAAAGUUGUGGCAAUAAAGCAUUACCUACUGACAUUUACGGAUGUCCUAACGCACAUGAAUGGGCAUUAACCUUUGAUGAUGGUCCCAGUAAUUUCACCGGUCAAUUACUCGACAGUCUGGAUGCUUUGAAUAUCAAGGCCACUUUUUGUGUGAUGGGUUCCAAUGUUAAAAGGUAUCCUGAUAUGCUUAAACGGGCUUAUGAAGCUGGUCAUCAUAUUGCAUCACACACCUAUUCUCAUCCUCACUUGAUGAGUCUGACCAAUGAUGAAAUCAUCUAUGAAAUGAAAGCUACCGAAGAAGCUAUUCGUGAUGUUAUUGGUAUCCGUCCUACCUAUGUUCGUCCUCCCUUUGGUGAAGCAGAUGAUCGUGUCAAAGGCUUGAUGAAAGCCAUGGGUUAUAAAAUUUUACUUUGGAAUGUAGAUCCUACUGAUUAUGAUGUUCAUGCUUUACCUAAUGCUGCUGAUAAAAUUCAAGGUGCAUUCAAGGCCGCUGCUAAUGGUAUUGAUACUGGAUUAAACUCUCAUGAUGAACCUGGUUAUAUUAGUCUUCAACAUGAUUUGUACAAGAGUUCCAUUGAUCAAGUACCGGAUGUCAUCAAGUUCCUUACCAACAAGGGUUACUCUUUCAAAACAGCAGCAGAAUGUAUUGGCGACAAAAAUCCUCAUCAGCCCUUUCGUUCUGAAGGAAGAGUCAAGGCACAAUCAGACGAUGACAAUAAGGAAGAAGGAAAAUUACUAGAUAUAUCUUCUUCAUCCGUUACCGAUGCUAAUCCACCAUCCAUUGAAAAUGAAUUGGAAAAAAAUACCUCCCCUAAGAAUAAUGAAAUCGUUGAUUCUGCUACUACUAACAAUCCAACCACCACAUCAGCAGCGACUUCCUCUUAUCACAUUUCGUUCUCUCUUCUAUUCAUAUUGAUGUUAUUGAUCUCUUCUCGUUCAUAA